AUGACCGACCUGAAAAGUGUUUUCAAAGCCCAGUGGGCUAAUGUCACUCAUACCGACGGUGGAUGGUGGGAUCUCUCAGGGUGGCAGCCUGGGGGAACUUCUGCCCAUAAAGAAGAUGGUGUCACAACCAACGCUGCCAGAAAAUGUUUCUGGGCCAAACAUGUAGCUGGGGAAAAGGACCGUCUGCACCCCAAACACGUGAAUGUCUCCUCCACGGAGCUCCGGACUUCAGUUCUGCUUUCCCUCCAGGCCAGCAGUGCCCUUCUCUCGGCCUCUGCCGAGCCCGCUCCCCACGGCUCCCCACAACAGGCCCCGUCCCUGCCCGCCCUUCCCGCCGCCUCGUUCCGCCCUCGCCUUCGCGUUUCCUGUCCGAGCGGAGGAGGUUUGGCCCUGCGGCGCCGCCGUCUCCCAGCGGCUGCCUUGAGAAUCAUGGCGGUGUCUCUCUCAAUGUCAGCGGCGCUGAGGGGCCUCGUCGCCAGGAGCGGUGCGGCCGCGGUCCGCCCGCCGCCGCCCAGGUCACUGAGCACUUCCACAUGGCGGCUGGCGCAGAACCAAACUCGAGACACGCAACUCAUCACAGUUGAUGAAAAAUUGGAUAUCACUACUUUAACUGGUGUUCCAGAUGAGCACAUCAAAACCAGAAAAGUUCACAUUUUUGUUCCAGCACGUAAUGCAAUGCAGUCAGGAGCUAACAAUACAAAGAAAUGGAAGAUGGAAUUUGAUAACAGGGAGCGCUGGGAGAACCCUUUAAUGGGCUGGGCAUCUACAGCUGAUCCUUUAUCCAACAUGGUUCUUACUUUCUCUACUAAAGAAGAUGCCAUUGCUUUUGCUGAAAAAAAUGGCUGGAGUUAUGAUGUCGAAGAGAAGAAGAUGCCAAAGCCUAAAUCCAAGUCUUACGGUGCAAAUUUUUCUUGGAACAAAAGAACAAGAGUGUCUACAAAAUAGGCUGGCAUUGAGUGUGUGACUGGGAAUAAAGUCAGCUGUGCUGUAUUUAUAGUCCAUGUACAAUACAUCUCUUAAUCUCCUAAUAAAUUUGACCUUUAAACUACA